ACAAGAAUGAAGCCGCUGACAUAGAAUCUGAAAUAACUGGAACAGAGAGAGAAACAGAGACACUGAAGGAACGAUGGAAAAAGCAGCUGAGAGAAAGACACUAAGACAACAGAAGACAAAGUAAAACCAAAAAUACACACUCAGGAAGACCAGGACCAGGACCAGGACUCAGCCGGCCAAGAGCGGGGACCAGUUCAGAGGACUGAAGAACAAUGGACUAUGAACCUAAGAAACCCAAGAAGAGUUUUGUCUCUCCAAUAAAGCGACUGGUGUGGUCAAAAUCUGCCCGCAGACAGGCGGAUCGAGGCAGCGUUUACCGCCGCACGCUGCACACCGUCCCUCUUUACCCUCCAGACUACCUCAUCCACCCUGAGAGGCUGAUCUUCGACUACGUGGAGAAGGAGGUCAAGUUCCUUGGUCACCUGACGUGGGUGUCGGUGUCACUGAACCCCUCCAGCCGCGAUGAACUGCUACAACUGCUGGACACAGCAAGGCAGUUGAAGUUGCUGCCAUUGAAGACCAGUGUGGAUCAGGACUGUAUCCUCAGUCUGUCCGCUCGCUGUCUGCUGCUGACGUGGAGAGACAACGAGAAGCUGCUGAUGAGGAUUCCCACGCAUGAGAUCGCCGCCGCCUCCUACCUGCGAGACGACGCACUGCACCUGCUGAUCCUCAAGACAGGUUUGAAUGUGGACACAGUGGUUGCCGGGGACGACAGCCUGGACAGGAAAAAAACAACAGGUGUGGAUGGACGACGUCAAACCAUGAGCAGCAACUCUGACCCCCGGCCUGCAGGGGGCACAAUGGAGCGACGCCACACCAUCUGUGGAGUCGACUGGAGGCCUUCGCUGUCCAGGAGUAAUCACGACAAGAACCAGAAUAUAGAUAGGCAAGCCUGCACCGGAAGCUGGGAACGAGGGAAGAGCUACGGCAGCUGGGAAAGAAGGAACCACAAUCCACUGGAGCCGACGCCGUGCCCGGAUGCCUACUGCAACCUGGUCAUCCUGGCUGUGGAGAACAGGGAUGCCGCAGAGGAGUACUGCUCUCUGAUCUGUCAGAUGUUCCAGAUCAUUUACGGCCAUCAAACCAUCGAGUGUGUGGACAGAGCCGGAUUUCACCACACCGUGCCUGAUCGCUAUUGGCUGCAGAGGAGUGACAGCUGUCUGACUGACAUGUCCUACAGUUAUGAUCCAGAGUUUAGCUGCUGCAGCUCAUAUGAUGGUUCCCAGGAUGCCUUCGAGCUCUACUACAGUGAGACGUACAGCGAGGGUUCGUCCCUCUCUCUGCAGGACUCUCAUCGUAGUCUGGCUUCGGUCAGCGAUGGAGGAGACAGUAACCCGGCUCUGCUGCUGAUGCAGGAGUACAUGAUCACUCUGCGUAACAAGCUGAAUCCGAUGGAGUUGCAGCAGUUCGCCGUGCUGCUGAGGGAAUAUAGAUUGGGAUCAAACAUUGACCACUUCUGCUCCGAGCUGCUGCAACUGUACGGAGACAACCGCAAGUUCCUGCUGAUGGGUAUGCGUCCGUUCAUCCCAGACAAGGACGUCGGUGUGUUUGAGGGUUUCCUGGAGAGCAUCGGGAUCCGUGAGGGCGGGAUUUUAACCGACAGCUUCGGACGCAUCAAACGCAGCAUGAGCAACAUGUCAGCCACGGCCAUGAGAGGGUAUGACAACUGCUCCAUGGCGUCAGGAUCUCAGGAGUUCAACAGACGCAUCACGGACAUCACCCACGACAUCCAGGCGCUCGGCUUCCAGGACACACACGGAGACAUCGAGGAGGAGGACUACUACCUGUGAUGGAGGGAUGAAGGAGAGUUUUGUAUCUCACUGAACUCAGUGUUUGAACUUAAAAACAGACACGAGCACUUGACAAAGCUCUCUCCAUCACAAGACUGAAAGUGUAAAUAUGGAUUUCAUCACAGAGGUCGCUUUUUAAAUAUUGAUGUUUGAGAAUCUAAGUCCUGAUUUAAGAAAAAAAGGAACAAGAAAUACACUUAGAAAUAAAUAAAAUACAACU